UUAAUUUAGUAUUUUUUUUCCGUUUGGUAGUUUUUAUGUUACCGUCGAUAAUUUAAGUUGGUCGGUUUUCAUUACGGUUGUUUUUUUUUUGUUUUUUUUUUAUUAGGUAAUUCUUUGUAACGGGUUUCAUACAUUUGGUUAAGGGGAGAAUUAUCUACCCACCAUUUAGAUUUUUUUUUCCUUUAUCGACCAUUUGUAGUAAGCGGUUUCUGGAAGCGUCGAUAAUUUUCUACCUUCAUUUUUAUUUAUUUAUAAAAUUUUGAACUUUAUUAAUUAUGGCCGGCAAAUAUACCGCUAGGAUAUCAGGCGUGCUGAGAUGGCUCGGCUCAGCGGUUUUGAAUAUUUCUAGGCCGGACCGUGCGCAGGCCCUUAUGGCUAGAUACCAGGUUUUAGACGAUCAAAUGGCGGAUCUAUAUGCGGCGUACCGUGGCAUUCUAGAGUUAGGUUUAGAAGCGGAUGCCAUGGCGAAGAUUAAUGCCGACAUUGAUCAGGCCGACGACCUGGCUGAUCAAAUUAUUCAGGCUGUCGGUUCCCUUAAGGGGUCAAGCGCUGCUGACGCGCGCGUUACUGCGGAGUCGGAGGCGUCACCAGCGCUCAUGAGUAGAUUGCCGCUGCUCGAUUUGCCACAAUUUAACGGUGACUUGGAUCAGUGGGUCGCAUUUAAUAAUUUAUUUGAAAGCAUUGUUCACAGUCGUAGGGAUUUGACCCCUGCUCAGAAGCUUGCCUAUUUGUUGGCGUCGUUAACGGGAGAGGCCAAGGGCCUUGUCCAACAUUUAGGUCUUGUUGACGGUAAUUAUGAAAUCGCCCGGGACUUACUCAAUCGUAGGUACCAGAAUGUUCGGCGAUUAGCAGAUAGUCAUGUUGCUGCUAUUCUAGGCCUACCGAGGAUUUCGGUUACGCAGUCGUUGCGCACACGGCUUCUUAACCCGUUGUUAAUAGCGGUCAACGGUCUCAAGGGUUUGGAUUUACCUGUGUCCACCUGGUCGUUUUUAUUAUUGCACAUAAUUCUUUCCAAAUUACCAUACGAUUUACAACAUAGAUUUGAACUGGAAUACGGCGGGGACUCCGCCACUCAUCUUCCCAGCUUUGACAACCUAAUUUUAUUCCUGGAGGAUGAGUGUCGUCGAUCGGAGAAUGUUCCCCCUCCCCCUUCGGGGCCUCCCGUAGUUGCUCCUAGAGCGAGGCCCGCGGGUAACGAACACCGUCCACCGGUUUGGGCGCGUAAUAGGCCACGAAUGUUUAACAGGCACAGGACGUUCACUGCAGUUAUUUUCGGGAUACAGGACACGGUGUUACGGGUUGCCCCAAGUUCCGGGAACUACGUUGGCAAGCUCGACGCGGUAUUGCUCGCCAACGGUUUUGGUGUUAUUGCUGCUUGGGGAACCACCUUGUCUCGCACUGCCAGUCCACUCGUGCGUGCGGUCAGUGUGGAGGUAGACAUCAUCUCCUGCUGUGUGGGAACCGCAACGGCUCGCACUCGCCAAACACUCGGGGACUUGUAA